AUAAUCUUUUGGCUCAGAUCUGCUGCUGCCACACCCUAUGCUUCUUAGGAUCCCCGGGUCCUGUUGCAGUUAGCAUGUGCCUUGCCUAUAACCUAAAUGACCCUGGCUGCUAUGCAAGGUGUUACUGAAUGCAAAAUGAAUUUUCUUCCCUGCUCUUUGGGGCGAAGCAGGCUCAGAGAUUCUUAACUGCAGAGGGAGGGGCUGGCAGGCCUGGACUGCAGUUGCACUUAGCGGCCAAGGGUUUUUCUGGUUUUCAUUAAAAUUCUCUGGCUGUCUUUCGGAUUGCUCCAUUGGAUAUGACUGCACUGGAGCUGGUCGUGCUGUUCUUUCAGCCACACACCCAUCAAAUCACAGAGCCCCUCAGGACAAGAGAAAAUUGAAGCUGUGUAAAUGAGUAUGGAAGAUUAUGAUUUCCUGUUCAAAAUUGUGUUAAUUGGCAACGCUGGUGUGGGGAAGACGUGCCUCGUCCGACGAUUCACUCAGGGUCUUUUCCCCCCAGGUCAAGGAGCCACAAUUGGAGUUGAUUUUAUGAUUAAGACAGUGGAGAUUAAUGGUGAGAAAGUAAAGCUACAGAUCUGGGACACAGCAGGUCAAGAGAGAUUUCGGUCCAUUACCCAGAGUUAUUACAGAAGCGCCAAUGCCUUGAUCCUCACCUAUGACAUCACCUGUGAGGAAUCCUUCCGUUGCCUUCCCGAGUGGCUGCGGGAGAUAGAACAAUAUGCCAGCAACAAAGUCAUCACUGUGCUAGUGGGCAACAAGAUUGAUUUGGCUGAAAGGAGAGAGGUAUCCCAGCAGAGAGCUGAAGAAUUCUCAGAAGCUCAGGACAUGUAUUAUCUGGAGACCUCAGCCAAGGAAUCUGAUAACGUGGAGAAACUCUUCCUUGAUUUAGCGUGCCGACUCAUCAGUGAAGCCAGACAGAACACACUUGUGAACAAUGUAUCCUCACCAUUACCUGGAGAAGGGAAAAGCAUCAGCUAUUUGACUUGUUGUAAUUUCAACUAAAGGCUCAGGCAAGGAAAAGCAAAAGGAAUCAGCAGUUGCCCUGAUGGGCCACAAGUUUCCAGGGAGAUCUGGAGAUGACUGUGGCUCCCACUCUUGGAUCUUCUGACUCCUGUGGGCUCCUGAGCUUACAAAGCAUGGCAGGCCAAGGGCCUCAACCACAGGCCAGCA